AUGGAUGAAGUUGCAAAAUUAGAACAUCUCUCUCUCGUAUCUAAAAUAUGUACAGAGUUAGAUAAUCAUUUAGGACUUAAUGACAAGGACUUGGCUGAAUUUAUUAUUGACUUAGCGGACAAGAAUCCAAACUUCGAAGGAUUUAAAAAGGCUCUUAUUGAAAAUGGGGCAGAAUUUCCAGACUCGUUUAUGACUAAUUUACUUCGUAUCAUACAGCAUAUGAAGCCAAUUUCUAACGAAAGUGAGAAAAAUGAGGAAAAAAGUAAACAAUUAAAUCCAUUAGCGUCAAAAUUUCCUGGACUAGCCAUUCCAAAUGACAAACCUAGUCGAUUUUCUUCCGAUGACGAAAGUGAUGAGGAUAAACAUACUAAGAGAAUAACUUCAAAAGAUAUAUUUAAAGAUGAAUCAAAAGCAAAGGUAUCUUCUAUAAAUGUAGUAGAUGAGGCUAUGGCAGCCUUAGAGGCGUUAGCUCCCUCAAAAAGUGGUAUAACAAGUGAUGAAACUCAAAAGGAAGAUAUAAAGAAUGAAUACAGUAGAGAUUGUAAGGACAAUCACACAAAAAGAGAUAGUUCAAAAGAAAUAAGAUAUAGAAGUAGAAGUCGAGACAGACAAAGUCGUAGUAGAGAUGUGAAAAGCAGUAAAGAUAGAAGAAGUCGGAGUAGGGAUAGAAGCAGAAGGAGUAGGGAUAGAAAUCGAAAAAGUCGAGAUAGAGACAGGAGAAGUAGAGAUAGAGAAAGAAGGAGUAAAAGUAAAGAUAGAAGAAAGAGGUCUAGAAGCCGUCAACGACACAGAUCAAGAUCAAGGAAUAGACACGGAAGAUCAAGAUGUAGAAAUAGGAGGUCUAAAUCUAGAUCACGUUCACAUGGUAGGGAGGAAAAAAAUAAAUAUAAUACUGAUUAUGGUAAAAAACCUAGAAAGAAAAGCCCUGAUGUGGAAAUUAGUGAUGAUCCUGAGCCAGGCAAAAUAUAUAAUGGAAGGGUGGCCAACAUAGUCCCAUUUGGUUGCUUUGUUCAAAUGGAAGGCUUGAGAAAGAGAUGGGAGGGCUUAGUUCACAUUUCUCAACUGAGAUCUGAAGGCAGAGUAACUAAUGUUUCUGAUGUUGUUGGCAGAGGUGAUAAGGUCAAGGUUAAAGUGCUAUCUGUGACCGGACAGAAGGUGUCCCUUACAAUGAAGGAUGUAUGUCAAGAAACUGGCAAGGACUUAAAUCCAACAUCUCAUGCACAUUUAGAGGCAGAACGUGAAGGCCGUAACCCAGAUAGACCCCCACCAGCCGCCACAGUGCUAGCCGGCCUCCAAGGUGGUCUGGAUCCUGACGAGGACUCGAGCAGGAAACGCGUCACGAGAAUCUCUAGUCCUGAACGCUGGGAGAUUAAACAGAUGAUAUCCUCAGGGGUAAUUGACAAGAGUGAGCUCCCAGACUUUGAUGAAGAGACAGGUCUUUUGCCAAAAGAUGAAGAUGGAGAAGCUGAUAUUGAAAUAGAGCUAGUGGAAGACGAACCACCUUUCCUCCAAGGUCAUGGCAGAGCCCUACAUGAUCUAUCUCCAGUAAGAAUAGUGAAGAACCCCGACGGGUCUUUAGCUCAAGCGGCCAUGAUGCAAAGUGCAUUAGCCAAAGAGCGUAGAGAGCAAAAAAUGAUACAAAGAGAACAAGAAAUGGAAAGCUUGCCGACUGGUUUGAACAAAAAUUGGAUUGAUCCAUUGCCAGAAUCUGAUGGGAGGGCCCUCGCAGCGAAUAUGAGAGGGACUGGCAUCACACCUCAGGAUCUACCAGAGUGGAAGAAGCAUGUGAUAGGCGGCAAGAAGUCUUCAUUCGGUAAAAAGACCAAUUUGUCCCUUCUGGAGCAGAGACAGUCGCUGCCUAUUUAUAAAUUGCGAGAUGAAUUGACAAAGGCGAUAUCCGACAACCAGAUCCUGAUAGUGAUCGGCGAGACGGGCUCGGGCAAGACGACGCAGAUCACGCAGUACGUGUGCGAGGCGGGCGUGGCGGCGCGCGGGCGCGUGGCGUGCACGCAGCCGCGCCGCGUGGCCGCCAUGGCCGUGGCCAAGCGCGUGGCAGAGGAGUUCGGCUGCCGCCUGGGCCAGGAGGUCGGCUACACCAUACGCUUCGAGGACUGCACCAGCCCCGAUACUGUUAUUAAGUACAUGACAGACGGUAUGUUGCUCCGAGAGUGCUUAAUGGAUCUAGAUCUAAAGAGCUAUUCAGUCAUUAUGUUGGACGAAGCCCACGAGCGCACCAUACACACAGACGUACUGUUUGGACUACUCAAACAAGCCGUACAGAAGAGACCCGAGCUCAAACUAAUCGUCACAUCGGCCACAUUAGACGCUGUUAAAUUCUCCCAAUACUUCUUCGAAGCACCCAUCUUCACUAUACCCGGAAGAACUUUCCCAGUCGAAGUCCUGUACACGAAAGAACCUGAAACGGAUUAUUUAGAUGCCUCUCUAAUAACAGUCAUGCAAAUUCAUCUCCGGGAACCCCCGGGAGAUAUCCUUCUGUUUUUAACUGGUCAAGAGGAGAUUGAUACAGCAUGUGAGAUUCUGUAUGAGAGAAUGAAGUCUUUAGGCCCCGAUGUGCCAGAACUGAUAAUUUUGCCAGUAUAUUCUGCCCUGCCAUCGGAAAUGCAGACCAGGAUCUUCGAACCUGCUCCCCCUGGGUCUAGGAAGGUGGUCAUAGCCACAAAUAUAGCAGAGACGUCUCUAACGAUAGAUGGUGUGUAUUAUGUAGUGGACCCAGGGUUUGUGAAACAGAAGGUGUAUAACUCCAAGACCGGUAUGGACUCGCUGGUCGUUACUCCGAUUUCGCAGGCGGCGGCCAAGCAGCGUGCGGGGCGCGCGGGGCGCACGGGGCCCGGCAAGUGCUACCGGCUGUACACGGAGCGCGCCUACCGCGACGAGAUGCUGCCCACGCCCGUGCCCGAGAUACAGCGCACCAACCUCGCCACCACGGUGCUACAACUGAAAACAAUGGGUAUCAACGACUUGCUACACUUCGACUUUAUGGACGCGCCGCCAGUGGAGUCGCUCAUCAUGGCGCUUGAGCAGCUGCACUCCCUCUCUGCGCUUGAUUCUGAAGGAUUGCUCACUAGACUCGGCCGAAGAAUGGCUGAAUUUCCCCUGGAACCGAAUCUCUCAAAAAUCCUCAUUAUGUCAGUCGCCCUGCAGUGCUCCGACGAGAUCCUCACGAUCGUGUCUAUGCUCAGCGUCCAGAACGUCUUCUAUCGGCCCAAAGACAAACAAGCUCUAGCCGACCAGAAAAAGGCGAAAUUCAACCAGCCUGAAGGAGACCAUCUUACAUUAUUAGCAGUGUACAACAGUUGGAAGAACAAUAAGUUCUCAAACGCAUGGUGCUAUGAGAACUUUGUGCAGAUCAGGACGUUGAAGCGAGCGCAGGAUGUCAGGAAACAGUUACUGGGUAUUAUGGAUAGGCACAAGUUAGAUGUAGUAUCAGCUGGAAAAAACACAGUGAGGAUACAGAAGACAAUAUGUUCAGGCUUCUUCAGAAAUGCUGCAAAGAAGGACCCUCAAGAAGGAUACCGGACUCUUGUUGAUAGUCAAGUGGUUUAUAUUCAUCCUUCCAGUGCUUUGUUUAACAGGCAGCCAGAAUGUGCUUUGUUUAACAGGCAGCCAGAAUGGGUAAUCUACCAUGAGUUAGUUCAAACAACAAAGGAGUACAUGCGUGAGGUAACAACGAUUGAUCCAAAAUGGUUGGUGGAAUUUGCACCAGCUUUCUUCAAGUUCUCUGACCCAACCAAGUUGUCUAAGUUCAAGAAGAACCAGAGAUUGGAGCCCUUGUAUAAUAAAUAUGAAGAGCCCAAUGCAUGGAGAAUAUCAAGAGUGCGAAGACGUAGAAAU